ACAGUCGCAUCUCCCUUGCUGCUGCAGUGAGCAAUAACAGGCGCACUAACGGAGAUGACCGCGAGAAGCAACUCCCCGAACGCGAUAUGCUAUAGCUUUAAGACAAACGGCCAAGUAGAGGCGGCAACAAGGAAAUGGAGUGCUUCACACUUUCGCUUCCCCAUCGAAAGAGUUGAAUUAUUUUGGUCUCCCUUUGCUUGCACCGAUGCCGAAAGGGGAAGCUGCUUUAUACUCAGUUCCUGAAAGUUUUGAAGCUUUGUAGAAAUGUCAAGCUCGUGUUUGCUUGCGCUUAAAGUUGACGUGCCAUAACGACGUCGUUGGCCAAAUCCAGAGAUGGCAGCAGCGGCAGAAAAUGUGUACAGUGAAGCCGAGCUGCCAAUAGCUCCACCUGGUGGCAAUGAAGAGGUCUUGCAGCCAGUCGGACCAGAGGGAAAUAUUCAGGGGCAGAUGGAGGAGUUCUUGGGCCCCCACCCCGACUACGAUGAGGAGGAGGAGGAGAGGAAGUACUACCGCAGGAAGAGGCUGGGCGUGGUGAAGAACGUGGUGGCGGCCAGCCUGGGAGGAAUGAUCACCUACAGCGUCUACAUGGGCCUGCUGCAGAUGCAGCUGAUCCUGCACUACGAUGAGACGUACCGGGAGGUGAAGUACGGCAGCCUGGGGCUGGAGGACAUCGACAACAAGAUGCUGAUGGGCAUUAACGUCACGCCCAUCGUCGGCCUGCUUUACACUCCGGUGCUCAUCCGAUUUCUGGGCACCAAGUGGAUGAUGUUUCUGGCCUCCGGAAUCUAUGCGCUCUUUGUCUCGACCAAUUACUGGGAGCGUUACUACACCCUGGUACCAUCGGCCGUUGCCAUUGGAGUAGCUAUUGUCCCAUUGUGGGCGUCACUGGGGAACUACAUUACCAGAAUGGCUCAGCAGUACUAUGAGUUUGUUAACUAUAAGGCCGAGCAUGUGCAGGAGCAGAAGAAGACCCCCAAGGGAGCGUGUCAUCGUUACGUCAUCAUCUUCCAGUCCGUCUUCUAUGUUGUAUUCCAUCUUAGCCUCGUGUUUGCGGAGUUUCCCAUGGUCCUCUUCCUCAAUGACUAUCUCUAUGACUACAACCACACCCUCCACAACGUCAAGCAGUGUGGUGCGACGAGUCACGGGGUGAUCACAGGGCUCAAUAAGACGGUGCUGCUGCGGCUUCCUCGCUCCCUUUUCCUCAUCAAGGUGGAGAGCGUGCUGAUGGGAGCAGCCUUCCUCUCCAUGAUCAUCUUCCUUGUUCUGUGUGGGGCGGCGUACCGGCCGACGGAGGAGAUCGACCUGCGCAGCAUCGGCUGGGGCAACAUCUUCCAGCUGCCCUUCAAGCACCUGAGGGACUACCGCCUGCGGCUGCUCUGCCCGUUCUUCAUCUACAGCGGCUUCGAGAUGCUCUUCGCCAUCACGGGACUCACGCUGUCCUACGGCGUGUGCUCGCUGGGUCUGAGGAAGCUCUGGGCGCUGGUGAUCACGUACGGCCUGUCGGCGUCGGCCUGCUCCACCCUGUCGCUGUCCCUGCUGCGCCUGCCCCGCCCCGUGCCCCUGCUGGCGGGGGCCGCGCUGCACCUGGGCGUCCUGGUGGAGCUGAUGUGCUGGUCCCCGCCCCCGCGCCAUCCCGAACUGGAGCCCGUGCUGCUGCUGCUUGCUGGCGUGUGGGGAGUGGGCACCGCCCUCAACAAGACCGGCCUGAGCACUCUGUUAGGCAUGCUGUAUGAAGACAAGGAGAGGCUGGACUUUGUCUACACAAUAUACCACUGGUGGCAGGCCAUCGCGAUCUUCAUUGUCUAUCUGUGGUCUGGGCUUCCCAUGAGGGCCAAGAUCGCCAUCCUAUUGGUUACCUUAGUGGUAGCAUCCUUGUGCUAUUGGCUGAUGGAGCGUCGACUGGCAAAGAGGGUGCCCUAUCGACUGCCUCGGAUCCCCCGCCCCAGACACAAGGUUAAAGGUUACCGCUACCUCGAGGAGGAUGAUUCGGAUGAGUCCGAUUCUGAAAAGAGCGAGGGGGAGAAUCCGGGAAGUGAGGACGAGGGCGGCAGAGACGGGGAUUCCCAGGGCUCCGGCGCGGGGACGGCAGGGGGGCGGGGCGGGGUGAGGGGGCGGAGGAGGAGGCGGGACGACGCUUACGAGCAGGCGGGCGGGGUGGAGGAGUACGUACAGCCUGUGGAGUGAAGGUGGGAGUUUUGAAGAGGGGAGAAGGAGGGAGGAGAAAGGCGAGAAUAACAAGACAACAGGUUCUGCGUUCAAAACUGCUCCCUCGCUCUCCACCUCCCCCCGGUACUGCUGAUCUCAGAUCAGUACUCGGCGCGCCUUGCACAGUGCAAACCUGUGGAGCACUGAUCAGAGGUCAGCGUUACUGAAGGGAGCGGGAGGUGAGGGUGUGGAGUGAGCGAGAGAAAAAACAUGGUGAAUUGAGAGAGGUGGAAAAGGGAAGGUGGAGAGAGUAGUGUUGCUAAAAAUUGUAAGAACAGAGAAGUGUAAGCAGAAACUCAAAACUAGCAUGAAGAACAGGAAGCAACAAUCACAUGCUCAGAUGGUCACAAAUGUUCUCUUGUUGUAGAAAUGUCCACAAAGUAGAUUUUUUUUCCUCACUAUAAUUAAACCUGCAAAUCAUUUUAAUUUUGAUGCUGUAUGAAAAAAAACAUGCUGGGUGUUAUGUUUACUUCUUAUGCUUUCUGUCUGUGAAAGCCAUCUAUAUUUUCUGAUAAUAUAUUUUUUAUUUCUCAGAAUGU